AUGCCCACCACCCACAGUUCGAGGAGCGAAGGCGUGGAGCUAGCCUCAAGACGCGGCCAUGAGCAAGCUGCACAGAUGCUGGUCCAGGUCCAAAGUGACGGUUCUGUGGCGUCCUCGAGACGAAGAAGAAGCACCCUGGCAGAUAUGCGAAAGGAUCUGAGGGAUCUGCAAAAGAAGCAGCACUCGAGAUGGCGAUGGCGAGCGAAGGUGGUGCUGGCCCUCUACACCAUGGCACGAAUCGCUGCUGGCCUUUCCUUCACAUACCUCAGGGAAUUUGUCGAUUACCACAAGGUGUGCGACGCCGUGUUUCGGCCCUUUGUGACAGGUUUCGGACUCUAUUUCUUUGUCCACAGGAAGGACCGCUUCUCUGUGAAAAACUCGCUGCAUGUGUGGAGCUUGUUCACAAUGUGUUGUUUGGCGCUGCCACUGUGCGACGCAAGCAUUGUGCACGUGUUGACCAGCAGCAACCACUCCCCAAUCCUGGCCAGCGUUGCAAUGCUUCUUUGGGAAGUGCUAUGCAAUGUGCUGCAGGUUUACAUGACCAUCCUUAAGCUUCGAGCUCUCGGCUGGCAUCGGACAGCCUGGUGCUGUAGCCUGCUGACGGCAAUCGGCGUUUCUUGGCUUGUUGUGUUCUUGGGGAGUAUGUGUGCAAGCAGGCUCGGCAUCCUUCUGGCAUGGAGUGAGAAGAUGGAGAAUGCUUCGCUUAUAGGGUGUCGGUGCUGCAGCUUCACGGUCGUUCUUAUUCAGUGUUGGGCAUUAUGCCGUGCAGCCAGAGGAGCUAUGUUGCAAGCGAGAGGAAAUGAAACCGUUUGGUGGACGGCAUGCAUCCUGUAUGCAAACGCUUGCAUGGUCCCUUUGGGUUCAGCUUUGAGCUUUGUCGCUUUGUUCGCCUUCUUACAAACCUGGAAUCCCUUUAGACAUCUGUCACCGACACUGAUAACUCUUGACGUGUCCUUCCAAGUCUUCAAUGUGCUCGUUCUCAGUGGCAUGGUGGGCAGCAUACCGAUGAAUCUGGAAACUUUGCAGAGGCUUGCAGAGCUGUCAGGGUUUGGCUUGGCUUCCGCACGAGUUGCCUUCCCAGGACACAUCAGCCGGAGCGCGUCGGACUGCGUUGUAUCGUUUCCCGGUAAGUACAGCGACCUCUGGGACAAAGCGGUCUCACGCGUUGCCCGGGAGGAUGCGUUCUCACUUGCCUGUGUGUUUUUGACAGACAGAGCUUCUGGCCUGGGUCGGCAUGCAAACAACCCAGAGACUCCGGGCAUGUGUUGGUGCCAGCAAAUCUAUGGUCGGCUACCAGCGUCUACGUACCUCAGUGUGGUGGAAGUCAGCACCGACGAGUCAGCUAACCAUGACCAGACGUUUGCCUUCAAAAGGGCAGAUGCCGAAGCGAUGGGCCAGCGAUUGCUGAUCAAGCAACAUCAAACAGAGAUUGAAUGGGAACAAGAGCUUGCAGAGGCUUUGCAAGAUGCCGAAGUCCGCUGCAUCGAAAAUGAGGACCGAGCCCCCUGGGGUUGUCAGUGGUUCGAGGAGUGGAAACGAAACGUGGACCGGGCGGCCGAAUUGCACCAAACGCUUCAUGUGUUCUACUUUCAAGGCAGCAAAGGCAAAGGCAAGAUGCCUUGGGAUCUGCUAGCCGAUGAGACUGCUAAGCAGGAAGCCCGAAAGGAUAGUGGUCUCGGUGUUUCGCAGACCGCAGAGGUAGCAUACCUCGACAAGAUGGGAUUGAGCUACGUGGAGCACGACAUCAUGGAGUUUGAGGCCUUCCUCACAGGUCGCACGAAGCAGCCUCAGAGAACCAGUGUGCAUGAAUUCCACACAGCUGGGCAAAAAUAG